AUGGCACCUGACGUCCAUCCAUCGCCAGAGCGUCUCACUUCCACCGGACGAACAACCAACUAUCCAAAACCUUCGCUGCAGAGCUUGAGCCAAAAAAAAGGGCUUCCCCUCCGGCCAAAAGCUCCUCCACGCUCCUCCGUCGUCCUUGUCGCAUAUCCCACAGCGACAUCCAAAAUACUUAUUCGGAGUCUUGUGGCGCGGCGAGCGCCCUGGAGAGUCGUUUCUCCUCGUCUACGUUCAUUCAUGGCUACAACAUCCGGAUCUGCGAACCCUCUGGGUGAGCAGACUGCCCCUGUAACCGGAGCUCCGCCAGCUGUGCCCGAAAAUGUCCAAUCCGAGAUUCAGCAAGCCGCCAAAAACGGUCAAUCUGAGCCCGGUCAAGACACCUCUGCUGCUCCUGCGGGCAAGGUGAAGACUGAGAAGGAGCUGGAGAGGGAGCGUCGCAAGGCUGAAAAGGCCAAGAAGUUUGCGGAGAAGCAGGCGAAGGCUGCCGCUGCGAAACCCGCGCAACCAAAGGCCGAGAAAAAAGAAAAAGUUGUCGACAAGACCACCGAUGCAUACGAUCCCAAGGUUAUUGAAAAUGGUCGCUAUGAGUGGUGGCAAGAGAAAGGAUUAUUCAAACCCCAGUUUGACGCAAAUGGCAAUGUUAAGCCCGAAGGCGUGUUUUCAAUGGCUUGCCCUCCUCCUAACGUCACCGGUUCGCUUCACAUGGGCCAUGCUCUGAUGGUGGCUCUUCAAGACACAAUGACCCGCUAUUACCGAAUGAAAGGGAAGACAACUAUCUGGGUACCAGGCACGGACCAUGCAGGCAUUUCGACUCAGAGUGUAGUUGAGAAAAUGUUAUGGAAGGAGAAGAAACAAACGCGCCACGACCUUGGACGACCAGCAUUUACGAACUUAACAAUGGAAUGGAAAGAUAAAUAUCAAGGAUCAAUUCUCACUUCGCUAAAAGCAAUGGCCGCGUCUCUUGACUGGUCCCGCGAAGCCUAUACCAUGAACCCAAACUUCUCGGAAGCUGUCGCGGAGACUUUCUGUCGUCUUCAUGAGGAGGGUACCAUUUACCGUGCCAAUCGACUCGUGAAUUGGUGCUGCGCCUUGAACACAUCCUUGUCCAACUUGGAAGUGAACAACCAAGAAAUCCAAGGUCGAACAUUGCUUGAUGUCCCUGGCUACGACAAGAAGGUUGAGUUUGGUGUCAUUACACAUUUCUGCUACGAAGUGGAGGGCUCGGGAGAACGCAUCGAGAUAGCCACCACUCGUCCAGAGACAAUGCUUGGUGAUACCGGUAUUGCCGUACACCCUGACGACAAGAGGUAUCAGCACUUGAUCGGCAAGAAAGCAAAGCAUCCGUUCGUCGAACGCCUUCUUCCAAUUGUUGCCGAUUCGUCUGUUUCCAUGGAAUUUGGAACUGGUGCUGUCAAGCUGACCCCCGCACACGACUUUAACGAUUAUGCUCGUGGCAAACAACAUGGUCUCGAGUUCGUUUCAAUUUUGAACGACAAUGGUACGCUCAAAGAUAACUGCGGCCCCUUUUCAGGCAUGAAGCGAUUCGACGUGAGAUACGCUGUGAUUGAUAAACUAAAGGAAGCCGGUCUCUACGUGAAGUGGGAGCACAACCCUAUGGUUAUUCCACGCUGCGAGAAGAGUAAAGAUAUCAUCGAGCCUGUCCUCAAGCCACAAUGGUGGAUGAAGAUGGAUGAGAUGGCGCAAGCAGCCAUAGAUGCUGUCGAAAGGAAAGAAAUCACUAUUAGCCCUGCUUCGGCAGAGAAAAAUUUCUUCCAUUGGAUGAGGAACAUCCAGGAUUGGUGUAUUUCCCGUCAACUGUGGUGGGGCCACCAAGCACCAGUAUACCUUAUCCAGGUUGAAGGACAGGCUGAAGCAGAUGACAGUGACAGUAACCUCUGGGUAAGCGGCCGUACAGAAGAGGAAGCCCAUGCCAAGGCUGCCGCCAAGUUCCCAGGACAGAAGUUCACCCUCAAGCGAGAUGAAGACGUUCUGGAUACGUGGUUUUCAUCAGGACUAUGGCCAUUUGCAACACUGGGCUGGCCAAACACUGAGAGCCACGAUUUCAAAAAGCUUUUCCCUACAAAUAUACUUGAAACCGGUUGGGAUAUUCUUUUCUUCUGGGUAGCGAGGAUGAUCAUGCUCAGUCUCAAGCUGACAGGAAAGAUUCCCUUCAAGGAGGUGUACUGCCACUCUUUGAUCCGAGACAGCGAAGGCCGUAAGAUGAGCAAGUCACUGGGAAAUGUCAUUGAUCCUCUCGAUGUUCAGAAAGGCAUUACUCUUGAUGCUCUUCACGAUAAGUUGAAGCAGGGUAAUCUUGCUGAGAAGGAAAUUGGAGUAGCGACCAAGUACCAGAAGAAGGCGUUCCCCAAGGGAAUCCCAGAGUGUGGUGCUGAUGCUCUACGCAUGGCACUCGUUUCAUACACAACUGGUGGUGGUGACAUUGCUUUUGAUGUCAACGUGAUCUUCGGAUACCGUCGUUUCUGCAACAAAAUUUAUCAAGCCACCAAGUUCGUGCUUGGUAAACUGGGCUCCGAUUUCAAACCAGCAGCGAAGCCUACCAAGACUGGACGCGAGUCUCUCUCCGAACGUUGGAUUUUGCAAAAGUUCAACAAAGCCACCAAAGAAAUCAACAAUGCCAUUGAGACACGCGAGUUCUCGACUUCGGCGUUGACUGCCUACCAGUAUAUCUACUCCCAACUGUGCGAUGUCUUUAUCGAGAACUCCAAGUCAUUGCUGCAGGAGGAUACCCCUGCCGAAGUGCAGGAGUCAGCCAAACAAACCCUAUACACUGCUCUCGAGGGAGCUCUUCUCCUCAUUCACCCCAUCAUGCCUUAUCUCACAGAAGACCUCUGGCAACGACUUCCACGCCGCGAGGGAGACAAAACCGAGUCGAUAAUGAUUGCCCGUUUCCCCGAAUACAACGCUUCAUUUGACGACGAGGCAGCCGAAAAGGCCUACGAACUUGUCCUCGACACUUCCAAGGCCAUCCGUUCCAUUCUCGCUCAAUAUGACGUUAAGGAGAAGAGCGAUCUCAUCCUAGCUACCUACAAUGAGACCAGCUACAAGACCAUUUCCGACGAAGUAGUCGCCAUCAAGUCUCUGGGUGGCAAGUACGCUGGCGAACUCUCUGUUCAGGGUCCAGACAACGAAACCCGUCCCGCCGGAUGUGUCGUUGGCCCCGUCGGUGCCGAUGCCGCCGUCUACCUCAAGGUCUCGAAGCAGACAGCACUUGAGCAGGAAGAGAAGGCCAAGGCCAAUCUGCAACGGACACUUGAUUUUGUCUCGAGGACACAAAAGACAAUCAGUGCUACCGGGUGGCGGGAAAAGGUCAAGCCGGAGAUCCAAGAGCAAGAGGAAAAGAAGCUUCGUGAUGCGGAAAAUGAAGCAGCGCUGAUUGAACAGCAGAUCCGUGAUUUGGAGAAGUUGCGUUUGGAGGCUUAG